AUGGUUCGCACGUACAAAAAAAAGACUAACGCCGGAGAGUGGUCUCAAGAAAAAAUGACAGAGGCUGUAAAUAAGGUCCAGAAUAAGGUGUUGACCUUACGUAAGGCUGCGGAGAUUUUCGAAGUGCCGUACACGAGCUUACAAAGAAGAGUUAAUUUAUCCAGAGGCGUUAUUAAACGUCGAGGUGGACAGCCAGUUUUAGAUGAGGAAGCAGAACAGAAGAUAGCUGACCGGCUAUUGCACUUGGCAAGUCGUGGCUUUGGAAUCACACCCAAAGCGGUACGUAAGUACGCGUUUGAAUUCGCAGAAAAGCAAAAUAUACAACACAAAUUUAACAGAAGCGCUGGAAUGGCUGGCCAGGACUGGUUUCAUCGCUUCAUGCGAAGAAAUAAAAAAUUAACUAUUCGGAAGCCGGAGGGUUUAUCUAGAGCAAGGAUUGAUGGUAUGAAGAAAGAAAAAGUGGCAGAAUUCUUUAAUACUUUGGAAACAAUAGUAGAUAACAACAAUUUAAGAGGAAGACCUGAAUGUAUAUACAAUGUUGAUGAAACAGGGAUGCCGCUUAGUAAUCGUCCACCCAACAUUAUAGCCCAAAAAGGUGCUAAAGAUGUUGUUAGCAUGACCACUGUUGAACGAGGUGAAAAUGUAACCGUUCUAGCCUGUAUGAAUGCAGCAGGACAGUACAUACCUCCAUUUGUUUUAUUCAAAGGUGUGCGUAAACGUGACGAUUUUCUCCUAGGUAUGCCACCUGGCACUGAAGUUGCCAUGACAGAAAAGGGCUGGGUCACCGAAGAAGCUUUUAAGUUGUGGCUGCAACAUUUCAAUCGCUACCGGACCCCAGGAAAAGUAAUUCUAAUUUUGGAUGGGCACGCGUCUCACACCAGCUACUCAGUGGUAGACUUGUGUGAUUCUUUCGAAAUUGAACUUGUACUUCUUCCUCCACACACAUCACAUGCCCUGCAACCGCUCGAUUUAUCGUUUUUCAAACCGCUCAAAACCUACUAUCACCAACAAGCUACAGCAUGGCAACAUUCACAUCCGAAUCGAGGAAUCACAAAAGUCGCUUUCGGAGCACUUUUCCAACGAGCUUGGAAUCAGGCUGCCACUGUUGGGAAUGCUACAAAAGGCUUCGAAAAGACCGGAAUAUUUCCACUAAACGCCAAUGCAAUACCUGACCACAAGUUCAUCGGUGAUCAAAAGUCGGACAUUGUAGAGUCCCUAGUCCAGACCCCAGAUACACAACCAGUAGUUGAUCCAGUGUCAUCGGCAAGUUCACGACAGUCUGACAAAGCCCAGUCUUCCACCUGUGCAGAUGAAGAAAGAAAAAAGAUGAAGAAUAAAGCAACACCUGGGAUAAAAAUUAAGAGUUCCUCAACAAAACAGAGAGAGUGUCAAGUGCCCCAAGUCCAAUCCAAGAGUUUUCAACAGGUGCAGCCACAAGACCAAUCCUCAAGUGUAGAACAAGUGCAGUCAAAAAUAAUGGUACAAGUCCAAGCCACAAAUACAAAACCACUUGAUAAUAUAGUGCCAUUCACAAGUUCGCAACAAGCUCACGAAGCCCAGCCUCCCACCUGUGCAGAAAUAAUUAAAGAAAUUCUUCCAUCACCGUUAAAGUCGCCAAUUCCCUCUAAAAAAAUUCGUAAAGUUUCAAAACCGGUCUUGCAUUUAACAUCACCUCAGAGUAAGACUGCUCUUCUUGAAAAAGAAACAAAGAAGAAAUUUAAGGUAGACAAUAAAAUCAAGGAAAAUAAGGAAAAGGCUGUAGGCAAAGAAAAUACUUUAAAGAAGAUGAAGAAUAAAGCAAAGCCUGCGAUAAAAAUUAAGAGUCCAUCUGCAAAACAGAGAGAGUGGCACUGCAUUUACUGUUCCGAAAUAUUCGUUCAUCCACCAACAGAGGAUUGGAUUCAGUGCAAUGCCUGCGAAGAAUGGUGCCACGAAAAAUGUGCUGAUAUGGGGGGGGAAAGGGGACCAUAUAUAUGUGAAUUAUGUGCCCAUAAUUAA